AUGGAAAGCUUCGAUGAGCACUAUCAUCCCUUGUCGGAUGCGUUCUAUGCUCAUAUCGACGCUACUGCUGCGCCAUUCGGCGAGGAUGUGUAUGACCUGCCGCAGCCAUCGAUGCGGCGCUCGGUCACCGAACCACUGCUGGGGAUCGACUCCAGAGUCUUGCCCGCGACGCCACUGUCACAAGGAUUCUCGAAUGUGGCAAGAGGGACAAAUCCGGUUUCGCAACCAGCGUCCUCAACACCGCAGAAGCCUGCGUACUCCCUGACUGGCAGCGAUGUACAAUCCAGGCAAGAUUUGAUACCCUUUCAUAGUUCAACCUGGGGUCUUUCACCUGCCGAGAAGCAGGUCCCGGAGCUACAACAGGUAGCUCAGCCUAUGCUGAACAACUUAGACCACCAGAUGUGGUCUCGCGCCCAUGAUAGCUCGGCAGCGAUUGACGCCGCGGAUGCGGCAUCGAAUCCUUUCUUCGCCGUCCUCCCUGAGCGCGUGGCGAGGCCUAUCGGGCAACCUGACCGUCCGCCAGAUCUGAAGUCGCAAUUUUUACUGCAGCAACCGAUCCAAAACAGUCGUUUGUCAAGUGAGCACUUUGGCUCGAGCCCGUUUGACAAUAUCUUCAAUGGCAAGUUCGAUCACCAGGACAACCAGUCAAUAGCACAUCAAUCGACCACUCCGCGCUAUUCAGGAAUUGACUGCACGCUACCUCCGACCUACAAUGACUCGAUGACAGAACAACCAGUGUUCGAUGCCACCACAACCGACACCAUGAGUGGCUACCCGCCGAUACCCGACGGGCAGCCGUCGAUACCAGUCGAGAGUAGCUCGUCUCGUGCAGUUGAUCAAGGGUUUCCAAGCAGUGACGAUGACUUCAAGUUCUACGACAACGACCCAAGCCUUCCACACCACAAUGGCGCAAACAAUGUCUUCUUCGGCUAUGACCCGAACGUUGACCCGCCGAUGACCGACUUCAUGCAAACUUUCAGGCCGCAGAUGACCGACUACGAUAUCAUACCUGAUCCACUGAGUACUGCGAACAUAUUCCGUCCUCUCGGACAACCAGAUCAGAUCCCGCUCCCAGUCACUUCCCAGGUCAGCAUCUCUGCCAACGAAGACAGUGCUCGUCGCGACACCUCACGAGACCAAGAACUCCUCGACCUUCGCAACGCUGGCUAUUCAUAUCGCGAGAUCAAGGCGAACUUCGGGUUCAGAGAAGCCGAAUCGACUCUGCGUGGACGCUAUCGCACUCUCACCAAAGCGAAGGAAGAGCGCGUCCGGAAGCCUGAGUGGAAAGCCGAAGAUAUCGAUCUCCUGUUCAACACUGUCCAAGACCACACCCAGGACACCGCCGCUGUCCCCGCAUCCGGAUUCCGCUACUCUGACGAUGGCUUGCCUAUCCUUUCCGACCCAGCCAGCCUCAACAAGAUCAGCUGGAAGAAGGUCGCUGAGACCAUGGCCGAACAAGGCGCCUACCACUACGGCAAUGCGACAGUCAAGAAGAAGUAUGUCCAGAUACGUAACGAGAAGCUGUUCGGCGCAACUCCGCCGGCUACUCAGCUUGCUGGCUUGGGUGGUGGACACGCUGCUACUAUUGGAAGUGGGUACAGGUAUUUGAAGAAUUAUGAAGAUCCGUUCGGCGGUCAGUGA